GCCACCGACGACUCUUCUCCAUUUAACAUGGUUUUGGGCAGUCCUUUCUGCCUCCUCCCAGCUGAUUCCAAGGCUCUUGAGUUCUCCUUCAGUGUCCCGUCUCCAACUGUUUUUGGGCCGUCCUCUCCUUCUCUUCCCCUGCGGGUUCCAAGUCAGGGCCUGGCGUGUGGUAGUAGCUGCCGGUUCUUGCAGGGUGUGUCCGAUCCAUCCUUACUUUCGCCUCAGGAUUUGUUUCUCUACUGGCUCCUGUCUUCCUCUCUGCCACAGUUCUUCAUUUCUGAUUUUGUCUGGCCAUCUGAUUCUGAAGAUGCUCCUCAGACAGCAGUUGAUAAAGUCAUUCACACGCUCAAUUAUUUCACGAUGAUCUCUCAAGUUGCAAAGCUACCAGAGUUCUUGGAGGCGGCGUAUGUUGACGGCCUUCAGAUUCUGCAGUUUGACAGCAACCACAGGGAAACGAAAGGCAAACAUGACUGGGUGAACAAAAUCACAGAAGAUAAGCCGCGCUUCUGGGAGAUAGAGACAGCGAUCAAUAUUCAGAAUGAGCAGAUCAUGAAACGCAACAUUGAAAUCACUAAAACGCGCUUCAACCAAACUGGAGGUGUUCACAUGAUUCAGGUGAUAAGCGGCUGUGAAUGGGACGAUGAGACGGAUGAGGUUGAUGGUUGGGAGCACUACCGUUACGAUGGAGAAGACUUCCUAUCAUUUGACGCGAAGAACAUGAUAUGGAUUGCAGCACAUCCACAAGCUUUCAUCACCAAAACGAAGUUGGACCAAAUUGACGGGCUUAAUAAAGUCAAGAAGAUUACCCUCACGGAGGUCUGUCCUGAGCUGUUGAAGACACAUUUGAGCAACGGGAGGGACUUCCUGAUGAGAACCGAGCUUCCCAAGGUGUUUCUCCUGCAGAAGACACCUUGCUCUCCGGUCACCUGCCACGCCACGGGUUUCUACCCCAGGACAUCGACCCUCUCUUGGAGGAAGAACGGCAAGGAGAUCCACGAGGACGUGGAGAUGGGGGCGACCCUCCCCAACCAUGACGGAACCUUCCAGACCUCGGUCCACCUGAAGGUGGAGGUGACGCCCGCCGCGGAGCAGAAGUAUGAAUGCGUGUUCCGGCUGGCCGGGGUCUCGGAAGACAUUGUCAUCAAGCUGGACGCCGGAAGCAUCCUGAGCAACCAGGCUUUGCCUUGUGAAAAAGAGCAAGACUGGAAGACUGCGGUGGCCAUCGCUGUCCCGUUGGUGGUCCUCAAUCUGGUGGCGAUGACCAUGGCGGUGGUGGUGGCGGCGAUGAUCCUUGACAAGCAUCUCAAAAGAAAACAAGUCAUAUACUCUCAAGCUUGUAAAGAGGAAAAGCCAAAAAGAAAAGAAGAAGAAGAAGAAGGACAAUUAACUGUUUCCACCGAUUGUGGGUCUGUUUCUGAGAGGCAGCAGCUGUCACAUGCUGUUGAAAUUCUUUCAGAGGACUUUCUCAUCGCACCGCACUGCAUCGAUAGACAUUCUCAUGAAGGUUCGUGAGUAGGUCCUGCAGGAUCUGGUGAGGCGUUUUGACCGAACCGUGCUGCUGAUCACCCAUAACCUGAAGACUAUCGAGGCCGAUCAGAUUACGGUGAUAGGCGCGGGCGGCGUUCGGGAGCGAGGAACCCACCGCUAGCUGAUGGAAAAGAAUGGGAUGUACUCUAACCGAGAGAGAAGUUCGCCAUCACUGGAAGCUAACGCCUUCAGAAACACUGACAUGCAUUUACAACCUGGAUUUAUUCAUGAAGUUUUUUUU